AUGGAAGAGACUUUCGUUCCAUUUGAAGGUAUCAAGAAUGAUCUUAAAGGAAGGCUAAGGUGCUACAAACAAGACUGGACUGGAGGAUUCAAAGCUGGCUUCAGGAUUCUUGCUCCCACCACAUACAUAUUCUUCGCGUCUGCGAUUCCUGUUAUCUCAUUCGGCGAACAACUGGAGCGAAGCACUGAUGGAGUUCUUACGGCUGUUCAGACGCUGGCAUCAACAGCCAUUUGUGGAAUCAUUCACUCUAUUAUCGGAGGCCAGCCUCUGCUUAUACUCGGAGUUGCAGAACCAACUGUGAUCAUGUACACUUUCAUGUUCAACUUUGCAAAAGGGAGACCUGAACUGGGACGUAACUUGUUCUUGGCUUGGUCUGGAUGCUAUGCUCUUCAUGCAAGAAGCCAUCAAAGCUGGCUUAGAAGCUUAAUAGCUGACUAUGGUGUGCCACUCAUGGUUCUUGUGUGGACGGGUGUCUCCUACAUCCCAACAGGAGAUGUUCCUAAAGGAAUCCCUCGGCGACUUUUUAGCCCUAAUCCUUGGUCCCCUGGUGCUUAUGAGAACUGGACCGUUGUAAAGGAGAUGCUUGAAGUUCCUAUUGUCUACAUAAUUGGAGCAUUCAUUCCUGCAACAAUGAUUGCAGUUCUAUACUACUUUGACCAUAGUGUAGCAUCACAGCUUGCUCAGCAGAAAGAAUUCAAUUUGAGAAAACCAUCUUCUUACCACUAUGAUUUGCUUCUACUUGGGUUUCUGACCUUGAUAUGUGGUCUACUUGGAAUCCCUCCAUCAAAUGGAGUCAUUCCUCAAUCUCCAAUGCAUACCAAGAGCUUAGCAACACUAAAGUAUCAGCUUCUUAGGAACAGACUAGUUGCAACUGCAAGGAGAAGCAUUAAGCAGAAUGCGAGUUUAGGACAGUUGUAUGGUAACAUGCAAGAGGUUUAUAAUCAGAUGCAGACUCCAUUAGUCUACCAGCAGCCUCAGGGUCUUAAAGAGCUGAGAGAAUCAACAAUCCAAGCGACAACAUUCACAGGGAAUCUUGAUGCACCAGUUGAUGAAACUCUCUUUGAUAUCGAGAAAGAAAUCGAUGAUUUGUUGCCUAUUGAAGUCAAAGAACAGAGAGUAAGCAACUUGCUUCAAGCAGUAAUGGUUGGAGGUUGUGUUGCAGCUAUGCCUAUCCUCAAAAUGAUCCCUACGUCAGUUCUUUGGGGAUACUUUGCCUUCAUGGCAAUUGAAAGCUUACCAGGAAACCAGUUUUGGGAAAGAAUACUACUUCUCUUCACAGCUCCAAGUCGCAGAUUCAAGGUUCUUGAAGACAACCAUGCGACUUUUGUGGAAACUGUUCCAUUCAAAACAAUUGCAAUGUUCACCAUCUUCCAAACAACUUACCUUCUAAUCUGCUUUGGCCUCACAUGGAUACCAAUAGCUGGAGUUAUGUUCCCUUUAAUGAUCAUGUUUCUAAUACCAGUAAGGCAAUAUAUCCUCCCUAGAUUCUUCAAAGGUGCUCAUCUUCAGGACUUGGACGCAGCAGAGUAUGAAGAAGCACCUGCUUUACCAUUCAAUCUCGCAGCAGGGGAAGAUGAAAUGGGAUCAACAGCUUCGUAUCCAUGCGACUCUGAGAUUCUUGAUGAGGUUAUUACAAGAAGUAGAGGAGAGUUUAGACACACGUGCAGUCCUAAAGUUACUAGCUCGACUUCAACGCCGGUUUUCCAUAGGAACCUCUCUCAAGUGUUUAGUCCUCGAGUUAAUGAACUAAGGGGUGGCAUGAGUCCUAGUCUCGCUGGCAAAGGGCAAAAUAGUCCAAAGCCAAGUCCUUUGAACCCAUCUUCCUCGUCGCCUUCAAAGUGAGAAUAACGGUUAUGGAGUGGAGGCUUAAGAAAACUCGGAAUUGUGUUUAAAAAUUAGCUGAUUAAUUGUCUUGGCUCUAAUAAGCUUUCUUGUUACUUAAGUUUUGCGUUUUGCAUUUUCAUUUACUUCUCUUGAUUUGGAUUCGAAGCAAUGUAUUAUACUUACCUUACUCUCCGUAAAAAUUAUAUAUGUACUAAUAAAGGAGCAAACAUCA